AUGGCAACUGAAGAGAGAGUAAAAAUGCUAGUUGCUGCAAGAAAAGACAUUUAUGAAGAUGUCAUUGCCUUGUCUAAACUGCAAAUUCCACUAGGCGAUUACGUUCAACCCCCGCAUAAUAGAACAGCCUUCUGGUACAGUUGUAGAAAUGGAAAUUUAAAAAUAGCUAGAAUAAUUUUAAAAAAGGGGAGUAACAUAAAUCAUAAGGAUGUUAAUGGGAUAUCACCCCUUCAUAUUUGUUCCAAAUACGGACAUACACAUAUAGCUAAAUUUCUUAUUGAAAACAAUGCCGAUAUAAACAUUAAAGAUAAUGAAGGACAAACCCCUAUAUUUUACGCCAUAAUAAAUAAACAUUAUGAUAUUGUUAAACUGUUAAUAGAGAGCGGUGUUGAUGUGAAAAUGAAAGACCAGAAUAAUGCAAGUGUGUAUGAUUACGCGGACUUCACUGGAAAGACAAAAUUAUCCACCUAUAUAUUAUAUAAAAGUAACGAGAUAAUUGUUAAAGAUUCAAAGGGAGCGUUAAAUAUAGAUUAA